GUGCGCACUCCUAUUCGGUUACAGUGGUGGUAACGUGCGCGUGGUAUCCUAUCGUGCACGCGAAGCCGAGACGAAGAAGAAGUAAGAAGCGGGGGGUAUCUAAAUCGGGAGUGGCGCAUUAUAGCAGUCCGCCACAUCCUUCGUUGUCGCUCGUCUCUUCUUCCUUUCCAUCCGAAUAUCGAUGGCAGCUCCACCAGCUAGGGCAAGAGCCGAUUACGACUAUCUCAUAAAGCUUCUUUUGAUUGGAGAUAGUGGUUUGUCAUCUCUUUAUUUUUCUAUUGAAAAUCGAUCUAUUUAAUUAGUGUGAUGAUCGUUUCUGCUGUGAUCGAUCGUUCCGAUGAGAUUUUGUAUUCCUUUGUUUGUUUUGUGUGUGUGUUUUCAGGUGUGGGUAAAAGUUGCCUCCUCCUACGUUUCUCUGAUGGUUCCUUCACUACUAGCUUCAUCACCACCAUUGGGUUUGUCUUUUCUAAAUCAAUUCAUUUCAUUUAACCUAUCAAAUUCAUCUAUUUAUCUUUUUGAUGUUUGUAGCAUUGACUUUAAGAUAAGAACGAUUGAGCUAGAUGGCAAACGUAUCAAGCUCCAGAUUUGGGACACUGCUGGCCAAGAACGCUUCCGCACCAUCACCACUGCUUAUUACCGUGGCGCAAUGGGCAUUUUGCUUGUGUAUGAUGUCACAGACGAGUCCUCCUUCAACAACAUUAGGAACUGGAUUCGUAAUAUAGAACAGCAUGCUUCAGAUAAUGUUAACAAGAUCUUGGUUGGGAACAAGGCUGAUAUGGACGAAAGCAAGAGGGCUGUACCUACAGCUAAGGGUCAGGCUCUUGCUGAUGAGUACGGUAUUAAGUUCUUCGAAACAAGUGCUAAGACAAACCUAAACGUGGAAGAAGUUUUCUUCUCGAUAGGGAAGGAUAUAAAGCAGAGGCUUUCUGACACUGACUCCAGAGCAGAGCCUGCGACUAUCAAGAUAAGUCAGACAGACCAAGCAGCUGGAGCCGGGCAAGCCACACAGAAGUCUGCAUGCUGUGGAAGUUAA